UAGUGGCCAUAUUGGAUCAACAACCGGCUUCACCUGUGGAACUAGACUGACAUUCAGCCUGUUUUUAACGACAGGAUGGGUGGUUCAUUCAGCACAGAAAUUCCGGGCGGCGGAACAGAGGGAUACCAUGUUCUUCGAGUGCAGGAAGGCUCCCCUGGUCACAAAGCUGGAUUGGAGGCAUUCUUUGAUUUUAUUGUAGCAAUAGGACAUACACGCCUGAACCAAGAUAAUGACACUCUGAAAGAUCUUCUGAAGGCAAACAUAGAAAAACCAGUAAAAAUGGCAGUGUACAGCAGUAAAACUCAGUCCGUACGUGAAGUCACCAUUCUUCCGAGUCAUAACUGGGGCGGUCAAGGAUUGUUAGGUGUGAGCAUCAGGUUUUGUUCCUUUGAAGGGGCCAAUGAAAAUGUUUGGCACGUGCUGGAAGUGAAACCAAACUCUCCGGCUGACUUGGCUGGUCUGAAGUCCAAUACAGAUUAUAUCAUUGGAGCAGACUCUGUGCUUCAUGAGUCGGAGGAUUUGUUCACACUGAUAGACUCCCAUGAAGGUAAACCGCUACGCUUGUACAUAUACAACACGGAAACCGACUCGUGUCGUGAGGUCACCAUUACGCCCAAUGGAGCUUGGGGAGGAGAUGGCAGUACGGUUGAAGAAGAUGGCAGUUUGGGAUGUGGUAUUGGAUAUGGGUAUUUACACAGGAUACCAAAGAGACAAUUUCCUUCCAGUGUAUCUCCAGAAAAACUAGCAACAACUGUUCAAACACCACAGAAAUCCCCUGAUGGAUUCGCAGAGGUUUCUCUAGGGAACUCACCAGCUGGUCUGCCUGUCAGUAUGGCUCAGAUGUCUAUAAAUACAGGAACUCCGACAAUACCAGUGAUUCCAACAGCCGAUAAUGGAGCCGGGCGCGGGCAGCCCCUACAGCCGGCACCAAUGCCAAACUUCUCGUCACCUCUGGGAGGUGUCGGUUUACCAGGAACAACCAUGCCUAACUUAGCAGGAAUACCUAACCUAGCAGGAAUGCCCAACUUAUCAACAUUACCUCCCUUUACAAUGCCGAUGUCACUACCGGGGAUGCAGCCAGCAGGCGCACUUCCAGCAAUGUCGUCGUUACCUGUCAGCAUGACCCAGUCUGUACCAGGUAUGAUGCCUAGCAGUACAGUGCUGCCACCUGGAAUCGGAAGUGCUGCACCUCCAAGUGUUAUGUUAUCCCCUGGAGCUGGGCUUCCGAUGCCCUCCAUGCCUGCCCCAGCACCCCUCCCCAACCUCCCCACAAACUUUACUCUCCCUACUCAAGCAGUGGGAGACACAGCUCCGGUGCCACAGAGCAUGGGUAGCACUCUUCCUGUACAAACAGGUGCUGCUGGUGACCUGAACGCAGCUGCAGCAAAUAUGUCAGCAUCGGCAGUAUCACCAGUCGUAGCGCCAGUAGCUGAAUCUUCGGAAAUGGUCAAUGCUGCUUCCUAGUAGUGCUUAAACGUAAUCUAAUUCUUGUUGUCUUUUCUUUCUUUUUGUUGAGGGAGCCUAUAUGUUAUGGGAGAGUGUCAGAGAUGUGAAAUUGGUGACUCGAACAUUAUAGUGUUCAUUGAUGCACAAUAUUGACCUGUAAUGAAGCUGUGGUUAAUCACAGGACUCUGUAUGAGAGGGGAGUUUGUCCGUGUUUAACCAUUUCUGGAGUAUAUAAUUAAGAUACAGAGGUUAAGUACAAUACCUAAACUCAUCUGUCAAUCACUGCUAAAAGUAAAGGUCAGUUUCAUAUCCUGAUUUGAAAAUCAUUUUGGUGUUAUUUGGAUAUUCAAUAUUAAUGAAAAUUCUCAAGCUUAAAACUGAAUAAUUGAUAAAACAUUUGAGUGUACUCUAGCUCAGCUUGGGGUAAAUUUAACAUUAAGUUUAGAAAUGAUUCAGGAAACAGAAAGUGUGUGUGUGAUAGGGAAAGUGAGUUUUGUGAAAAUCUUAACAUAUAUAUAUAUCUAUUUAUAGGAAUUGUUACAUUGAGAUUUACUGUGUAAUAUCUGUAUUUUGUUAGAAAUCUGAAUCAGUAUGACGGGUCUAGAAUAAAGCUUCAUAUACACAUAUACUAUUAUGGAUGUAUAUACAGUAGAUAUGGAAUAACAUUGACAUCUGAUAUUAAGGUAAAACUUUCUUAAGACAAACAAACUUGAUACAAGUUCUGUUUUUGCCAAAGUGAGAUAAAAUUUCCCAAUUUGGCCCAGCUGUAUUCAUUUGAAAAUCCUUUCACAAAUUUCGGAUAUGUUUAAAAAGGCAUACCUGUAUAUGCUUAUAAUGUCUAUUGUUUUGCUGUUUACAUGAUUUGAUAAAUGUAUCAAAGAUGUAGAUCACAUUUGAAAUUAACUUAAGCAUGGAUUUUUGCAAAAGUUUGAUAGGAUCAGCAUAUAAUUUUCAAAUGAAAGCACAACUGAAAUAAAAUAAUCACAUUGGAUUCUUUAAAAAUAUAGAUCUUGUACAGUAUAAGUGGGUUCAAUAUUCAGUAUAUCAGCCACUGUCCUGUUAAUUAUGUAGGUAUGCAUCACAACUGCUGUAAAUAUUUUGCUAUGUGAAGGAUUUCCUGUGAAAGACAUGUAUAUCAUACCUAUAGUACGUGAAGGAGUGUGAUAUGAUCAGUCUGGACGAGUGGCAUAUGGAUCUGUGAGUGGUGUUAUAAUAUUGUGUAUAAAAUAAGUAAAGGUUUCAUAAUAAUAGAUUUGUGUGUUUGAGGAGUAAAAAGAGACAUUAGUAUUUAUAUCAAGAACAUUCUGGAGUAUAUUUCAAUAUUGCAUGAUCAUAUCAAUCGAGAAUGAAACAUGAAAAGAUUCACCUUGCAAAACGCUAGUCUGACUGACUCUGAUUAUCUUUUUCGCUACCUACAGUAGACAUAAGAUCAUUAGGUAGUAUUAUCUACAGUAUAUAUAAGCUGAUAGAUGGUCCAGAAACAUUCAGACUAAUAAAAUUUGAAUUUAUUUUACUCCUUAUUUAAGUGAAUCAAUCUUGCUUUAACCCAAUCUCAUUCAUUUUAAUCAUCAAAAUACAAGAUUAUAAGAAAAUAGAAAAUGAAAUCUCUUUGGAGAAUAAAAUUGCUUUUUAGGAAAUUUUGAUUGUUUGAACAGUAAAUACCUGUUAAGGAAUAUUACUGGAGAAUAAUUCAAACAGUUGUCUAGAUAUCAAAAAAAUGGUCAUUGUAAAAUAAUAGCAAAACAUACUGGUUUCUUUUGUAUUUAUUUAUGGAAACUGUGAAAACGGUAAAUUGUAUUGAAUACAAACUUUUCAAGCGUUAAUGAAGUCUUUGUUUAUUGUUUGAUAAUAUUGAAGAUACAGGCAACACCCAAGAUGGAAUGCCUGCCUGAGGUGUAAGCUGUCAAGGUUUUGUUCUACAGUUGUCUCUAACCUGGUUGUGAUACAAAUCAAAUUAUGGAAGAAUUCAUUGUGGGAGGGGUUUAGGGGACUAUAGGUGUCCUCUCCGUCUGUCUUGUCGGUGCUCUAGCGACUUCACUCCUUGAGAAUUUUGAUCAAACUUCAUUCAAUGAUCAAGGAUGAUAACAUCUGGAGACAAGUUUUGGUUUUUGGGGUCAAGGUCACUUUAUAUUUUUAGCAGGGAGUGGUACGGGACAUGUAUUGCUUUAGCAGUACCCAGUAUGCUUGUUUUACGUGAUGAAGUUGGAAUUUUUAUCGAUUUGUUUUUUCAGUUACCUGAUAUACAAUUAUUAUUCUUGUAACAAAUAUGUCUGAAAUAUAGGAAAAUUACUUUAUAUAUACCGGGUACUAGAAACUCCUUCUACAUUGUACUGGUCUAAAUCACUUCGUGUACCAACAUAAUACAAAGCUUAAUGCCAAAAAUAUGUAAUUAACGUUUAGUGUCAUUCAUUAAUCCACAAAAUGUAAAGUUCAUUGACGGAUGCUCAUAUCAAAAUAGUGAUACCCACGUUGUACUUUUUAAUGAUGCUACAUCUCUUACAAAGAGUAAUAAUGAUCACUAGAAAACAAGAAUAGGCCGUUUAUAUUUAUUUAUAUAACGCCAAAAGUUAUACUCAAAAAGCUUGAAUUUCUAUUUUGUUUAUUUGAAUCUAUAAUUCAUACAUUUUUAAUUGAAUCCUGAAGAAAAUCUGUUGUGCUCUGUCUAUAUUUUGUAUGGUACUUUUUGUCCUAUAAGCGAUUAUUAUUAGAGCACUAUUUCUUAUUUGAAAUAGAAAUAAAAAAAAAUUAUUAAAAAAAAUAUAUUUCCAAUCAAAAAAUGGUGUUAUAUCUAAACAGCGGGUGGUAUUUUAUGCACUUUUCCAGGGAGCAGUGUAUAUGGUGUCGGGGAUGUAGCAUCUUUGUGGAUAUUCACAAAAAAAUUGUCAUUUGAGAACAGAUGUGGUUUUAUCUAAUGUAAAGUAUCCUCAUUCAUGAUAAUUUAUCACAAACAUAUUACCUUGGGUAUAUUCUUGUUUCUGACAUUAAAAGAAUACCCGCAAAUGUACUCUCACAAAAUUUCAAUACUCCCAUCCAUUUUUUGUAAGGCAUGCUGUAGCAAGAAUUUACUGUUAGCAAUGAAAAUACAUAUUUUGAUUGUCGAUAUAAUAUUUUAUGAUUAAAAUAAGUUACGACUUUUGAGUGCAAUGUUGAGAUAGAAAUAAAAUAAUGACUGCUUGAAAA